CUCGCGCGCCUUCAUUCAGUCGCGAUUCGUGAGUCUCCUGGUGGGACUCGCCGAUCUUUCGAACGAUUUUUCCUCUUUUCUCUCUCUCUCUCUCGUCCGCGGCUCAGCUUCCCCGAACGUUCUAUCGAGCAUGGUAUUUUUUGAUUGAACGGAAAUACCGCGGUCCGAUACAAGGCGAGGGAGAUUUCGAAUAAUAAGGAGAAAAGAAACGGUCCGAGCGUGCCUCGACGUGGGGAGCAAUGGGACGCACAGGAUACACGUGCAUAAGGCACGUUUUCUGCUCGCUGAACGUGCUCAUUUGGUUAUGUGCCUGUGGAGUUUUGGGUGCGGGACUCUGGCUGAGACUCGCAUAUUCGGGUUAUGCGACCCUCGUACCUCAGUACAGUUUCGCAUCAGCUGAUUCGGUCCUUUUAGCCGCAGGAUGCGUCACAUUCGUCGUUGCAUUUUUCGGCUGCUGUGGAGCGUGGUUCCAGUCCAGAUGCAUGCUGAUAACGUACUUCAGUCUCGUAAUUUUGGUUUUCCUCGCUGAAUUCAUGCUCGGCGCUCUCUCGUUCGUGUUUCGCGAACAUCUUGCGAGGAGCCUCAAAGACGAAUUGUUAUUCGGUAUCCAUAAACACUACAAUAUCACACGAGAGCCUGGUACUUUGCCCGCCGUCUGGGAUCACAUUCACGAAGAGUUUCACUGCUGCGGAAUCCGGGACUACACGGAUUGGUUCCAAAUCGAGGCAUGGCCGACCGAGGACCGAGUGCCAGACUCGUGUUGCAUAAAACGGGAGCGUUACUGCGGACGUCUCGAUCCGGAGGGACGAAACAAGGAACUGUGGCACAAAAAGGGCUGCGCAACGGCGAUACAAAUGUGGUUAGUUACGAGGCUUCACGUGGUCGGUACUGUAGGACUUGUCGUGGGUUUUCUACAGUUGUUCGGUCUCGUCUCCAGCAUGAUAUUGUUCUGCACGGUUAGCAGCAAGAGAUCGUCCCACACUUACAAGAGUUAUGACACUUCGAACACCUAGGAACGCGCGUGGAUCCCGGCUUACGGGAUCCACGAGCCUGCCACACCGUCUGAGGAGACGGUCACAUAGAUUUUCUAAUCGUUCUUGCAUUUUCGCCUUUUUUUCAAGCAAAAAGAACGGUGACGAAAAUUUCAUUGCGUUUACAACGUAAAAGGAGAGAGAAAUACAGAGAAAGAGAAGGGGGAGGAGGGAAGGGAAGGAAGUUAUGAAUCCGGGAGUCGAAAUGUAUGAAAAUACAUUUCCAAUAACCGCUAUAAAAGAAGCAUUCCGCGAUGAGAUUACAGAAGAAUGGAAUCGACUUUUGUUUCUCUCGGACGGGUGAAAAAGUAGAGAAGAAAAAGCGCACUUUUGGUGCGCGCUCAAAGGUCGAGGUAGACACAAUUGUUUGUUCUUUUUUAACGACCGCGGCUUGAUCGCGAAUGAUCCAAAGUUCGACGACUCGAGGAAAACUGAAAUAAUUCAGACGCUUUAAGUUCCCAUAGAGAUAUCGUUUUCCGUAAAUUGGUCGUAGAUUCACGAAAGCAUCGAGAAAACGACUUCGAAGUAUUUCACCAAAUGUAUGUGGACAUAGAUUUUAAUAUAUAACAACGACGAACUACGUCGAUAGUAUUUUGUAGUGCGAAUGCGUAAGUUAGUGCGUACUAGAGAUCGGACGAGUGUGAAUCUGACGAGUGUGAUGUGAUGUUUAGGAUCCGAAUGGACGUUGCCAAGUUUAUAUAACUACGAAAUUUAGUACGAGCUUUAUUUACAUUUUUCUUUUUCUUCUUACUCGCAAAUAUAUUUAUACAUUAUCGUUAAACACCAUAAUCGUCGAGUAUUUUAUCAACGAGUUGUAAAGUAAUACUGACACGUGAGAAUUAACAAAAAAAACAUCACUGAAGACCGACCAGUCGACCUCCCAAUUCGUUCAGAGCUCUGGAAACGCCUCGCGAAGUUUUCUUCGCUGUGUCAAUUGGAAACUGAAAAAAUACGCGAAAAGUCAAUCACGUGUGUUUCACAUAACGAAACUUUCAAAGAGAAGCAUGCGAAAAUGAUAUUAAUAAAUCCUAGAAAUUAUUUAUCGACAGGCAUAUUUUAUAUCGUUAUUUUUAAUCUUAUUUUUAUGCCGUUCAAGUACCAAAACAUUAUAACUCUUUAGCCAUGAUGUAUUGUACACGUGUACUUGUAUUGUUGCCACGUACGAGGAUACGAUGUAGUCGAAAGUGUGAAAUUUGUUUGUUAAAUGUACAGCAGACAUAGUUUGUAUUGUUGACGAAUAAAUUAUUUUCAAACGC